AUGCGCUUUGAUGACCAGCCACGUUCUAUCCGCGGAGUGGAGCCGGUCAGGGCCCUCCGCGCCGCUGGGAGUGACCCGGGCGGCGUGAAGGCUCUGCAGCCCUGGGCUCUGGGACCGGGUCUCCCUUCCCGCGGCGCCCGGCCGCCCAGCGCCCCCUGGCGGCCGCGGCCCCGCUCCGCCGCCCCAACGGGCGCCACCCCGACCGCGGCCCGGUUUCCUUCCGGCGCCGGCGCGUCUCCCCCGAUCCCGGACCUCGUGAGACCGGGCUCGCCCGACCCAACCCCACGUCGCGGCCCCGAACGCCGCUCGCUGGGGGGACCCCGUGCCCGCGGGAAACAGCCCCGCCGGCUCCUUCCGGGCGGAACGCGAGGCGAGGGCGCGGCUUCCCGCCGGCCGGGAGAGGGCGGACUUCCGGGGGCGGGGACGCACGUGUCGCGAGAACGCGGGCCGCUUCCGGGUUCGUCGCCGGUGCCGGAGGCCGGCUUCCCUCCGCUGUCAGCCCUCCGCCGGCUGGGCCUGCGCCGGGGCGCGUGCCGGAGCCGGGGCGGCGCGGGGAUGGCGAGGGCCCCGGGGCUGACCCCCGCGGCCCAGCCCGGGCUGGCCGGGAAGCUCCCGCGGGAGAAGAAGAAGAAAAAGAAAAGAUUCUGGAAAAACAAGGCGCGAGAAGCCAGCAGGAAACCGGGGGGCGAUCCCGCGGCUGCGCUGCGCCCCCCGAGGGCCCCGGAGGCCUUCUCCCAGAACUGGAAGGCGCUGCAGGAGGUGUUGAAACAGAAAUCACAGGCCCCAGGAAAGCCUCUGGUUCUUUCUCCGAGGGAUUCCAAAAAGCAGCCCCAGGUUGCCCAGCAGGACGGAAAAGCGGAGCACCAGGAGGUGGGGAUGGAACAGGCAGGCAGAGAGGCCCCCACGGGCUCUGUUCCUCCAGCAUCGCUGCCCAACGGGAGGGCGCCAGGGCCCCCCAAGAAGGCCCGCGGAGCAGAGCGCACUGAGAAAGCACCCAAGAGGACAAAUGGUGACAUUUCUCCAAAACGAGGGGACCUCAAGCAUAAGAAGCGGAAAGCCAAGGAGGUGACUGCAGCCUUGACCCCAGCCCCGCCCACCGAACCAGACAUCUGGUUCGAUGACGUUGACCCGGUGGACAUCGAGGCGGCCAUGGGCCCGGAGGCAGCCGAGAUAGCGAGGAGGCAGCUGGGCGCCGGGGGCAGCAGCGCGGCGCUGGAGAAGGAGCAGGCCUUCGGCGGGCUGACGAGAGCCUUGGCGCUGGACUGCGAGAUGGUGGGCGUGGGCCCCGCGGGGGAGGAGAGCCUCGCUGCCCGCGUGUCCGUGGUGAACCAGUUUGGCAAGUGUGUCUACGACAAGUACAUCAGGCCGACCCAGCCCGUGACCGACUACCGGACGGCGGUCAGCGGCAUCCGGCCGGAGCACCUCCAGCAGGGGGAAGCGUUUGCAGUCGUUCAGAAGGAAGUGGCUGAGAUGCUGCGGGGCCGGAUCCUCGUGGGACACUCGCUGCACAAUGACUUGAAGGUCCUCUUCCUUGAUCACCCGAGAAAGAAGGUUCGGGACACACAGAAAUACAAGCCUUUCCAGCAGCAGGUGCAGAGCGGAAGGCCGUCCCUGAAGCUGCUGGCCGAGAGGAUCCUGGGUGUGCGGGUGCAGCAGGCGGAGCACUGCUCGAUCCAGGAUGCCCAGGCAGCAAUGAGACUCUACGUCACGGUGAAGAAGGAGUGGGAGCGCGCGGUCCAGGACAGGCGCCCCGCCCCGGCCGCCGCUCCCGACGACGCGUAGCGGAGCCCACCACCCCCGGGGCAGGCAGCGUUUCCGUCCACGGGCACUUGUGACCAAGACACAGGACCGACGGAGUCCCCCAGAGGUGACAGAUCGCAGCAGCGGAGGCGCGUG